AUGGAUGAACUUGCCAAGUUAGAACAUUUGUCUCUCGUCUCCAAAGUUUGUACAGAGCUGGACAAUCAUUUGGGUAUUAAUGAUAAAGAUUUAGCUGAAUUUAUUAUUGAUAUAGCGGAUAAGAACACUAACUUUGAUGAUUUUAAAAAAUCAUUAAUAGAAAAUGGAGCAGAGUUUUCAGAUUCUUUUAUGACGAACUUGUUGCGUAUUAUUCAGCAUAUGAAACCAGCAGCUAUACAAAGCGAAAAUAAAGACACUACUAAGCCUUCCAACCCGUUAGCUGAGAAAUUUCCAGGACUAGCUAUUGCUAAUGAAAAACCACAUUUCUCUUCUGAUGAUGAUAGUGAUAGUAAUGAAAAGUCAAACAAAAGAAUUACAACAAAGGACAUAUUUAAAGAUGAAAGUAAGACCCAAGUGGGUAAAGAUGAAAUAGUUGACCAAGCUAUGGCUGAAUUGGAAGCCUUAGCACCCUCUAACAUUAAGAAUAGUGAAAUAAAAAUCUCAUCAUGUAAAGAUUAUAAGGAUGAUAAAAUUGACAUACCUAAAUUAAAAGAUGCACGAAGUAGAAGUAGAGAUAGAAGUAAAGGGCGAAGAAGUAGAAGUAGAGGUCGAAGAAGUAGAAGUAGAGGCAGGAGAAGUAGGAGUAGAGGUCGGAGAAGUAGAAGUAGAGGUCGGAGAAGUAGAAGUAGAGAUAAGACAAGCAGAAGUGGAGAUAUAAAGACACUUAGUAAGGAUAGAGAUAGGAGAAGAAGAUCAAGAAGCCAUCAUCGAGACAGAUCUAGAAGCCAUCAUCGGGACAGGUCAAGAAGCCACCAUCGAGUCAGAUCAAGAAGCCGUCAUCAAGACAGAUCCAGAGAUAGGUAUAGGCGGUCUAGAUCAAGAGGAAAAAGAUCUCAGUCAAAAGAAAAAGAAAGGGAUUUUAAAAGAGACAGAGAUGGCAACCAUGGCAAAAGGUUUAGAAAGAAGAGUCCAGAAGCGGAAAUAAGUGAUGAUCCUGAGCCUGGUAAGAUUUAUAGUGGUCGAGUAGCAAACAUAGUUCCCUUUGGUUGCUUUGUGCAAAUGGAGGGUUUACGGAAGCGAUGGGAAGGUCUGGUGCAUAUAUCACAGUUGAGGGCUGAGGGCAGAGUGACAAAUGUGUCCGAUAUUGUUUCAAGAGGAGACAAAGUCAAGGUUAAAGUAUUAUCAGUAACUGGACAAAAGGUAUCACUAACAAUGAAGGAUGUCUGUCAAGAUACUGGAAAAGAUUUGAAUCCAACGUCACACGCUCACUUGGAGGCGGAGCGAGCUGGCCGUAACCCAGAUAGACCUCCACCUGCAGCAACGGUGCUGGCAGGGCUCCAAGGUGGGCUCGACCCCGAAGAAGACUCCAGCAGGAAACGGGUCACCAGGAUCUCCAGUCCCGAGAGAUGGGAGAUCAAGCAGAUGAUAUCGUCGGGUGUAAUAGACAAGAGUGAGCUACCUGAUUUUGACGAAGAGACAGGUCUUCUCCCAAAAGAUGAAGAUGGAGAAGCUGAUAUUGAAAUUGAGCUUGUUGAGGAUGAACCACCGUUUCUUCAAGGCCAUGGAAGGGCAUUACAUGAUUUGUCUCCUGUGAGAAUAGUGAAGAACCCCGAUGGAUCUUUGGCACAAGCUGCCAUGAUGCAGUCAGCUCUAGCUAAAGAGAGAAGAGAACAAAAGAUGUUGCAAAGGGAGCAAGAAAUGGAGAGUGUACCAACUGGUCUGAACAAGAACUGGAUAGAUCCACUUCCAGAGACAGAUGGUUGGGCUCUCGCAGCAAACAUGAGAGGAACGGGCAUUACCACUCAGGACCUUCCCGAAUGGAAGAAACAUGUGAUCGGAGGGAAGAAAUCUUCAUUUGGAAAGAAGACAAAUCUGUCACUUUUGGAACAGAGGCAGUCGCUACCCAUUUAUAAGCUCAGGGAUGAGUUGAUAAAAGCUAUAUCAGAUAAUCAGAUCCUCAUAGUUAUCGGGGAGACUGGAUCAGGUAAAACGACCCAAAUAACCCAGUACGUGGCUGAGUGUGGGUUAACCGCCCGUGGGCGGGUGGCCUGUACGCAACCCAGACGUGUGGCCGCGAUGUCUGUGGCCAAGAGAGUCGCUGAAGAGUUCGGGUGCCGACUUGGACAGGAAGUGGGUUACACUAUCCGUUUCGAAGAUUGUACGUCGCCGGAAACUGUUAUUAAAUACAUGACGGACGGUAUGUUACUCCGGGAAUGUCUCAUGGAUUUGGAUCUCAAAACCUACUCCGUUAUCAUGUUGGACGAAGCUCACGAGCGCACGAUUCAUACGGACGUCCUUUUCGGUCUUUUGAAACAAGCUGUCCAAAAGAGACCAGAACUGAAACUCAUUGUCACUUCGGCCACGUUGGAUGCUGUCAAGUUUUCCCAAUAUUUCUUCGCUGCUCCUAUCUUCACAAUUCCUGGAAGAACCUUUCCCGUAGAAGUUCUGUAUACGAAAGAACCGGAGACGGAUUACCUGGAUGCCUCUUUAAUCACAGUGAUGCAGAUACAUUUGAGGGAACCACCAGGAGAUAUCCUUCUCUUCUUAACGGGUCAAGAAGAGAUCGACACGGCCUGCGAGAUCCUCUACGAAAGGAUGAAGUCUUUGGGACCGGAUGUCCCCGAAUUGAUAAUUUUGCCAGUUUAUUCUGCCCUACCCUCGGAAAUGCAGACCAGGAUCUUUGAGCCAGCACCACCGGGGUCCAGGAAAGUGGUGAUAGCGACGAACAUAGCAGAAACCUCGCUGACCAUCGAUGGUAUAUAUUAUGUGGUGGACCCAGGGUUUGUGAAGCAGAAGGUGUAUAAUUCGAAGACCGGUAUGGACUCGCUUGUCGUUACUCCGAUUUCACAGGCAGCAGCGAAACAAAGAGCCGGUCGCGCGGGAAGAACAGGUCCAGGGAAAUGUUACCGGCUCUACACUGAGAGGGCUUACAGAGAUGAGAUGCUGCCGACGCCCGUGCCGGAGAUACAGAGGACGAAUCUUGCAACCACUGUGCUACAAUUGAAAACAAUGGGUAUAAACGAUCUCCUACAUUUCGACUUCAUGGAUGCCCCCCCAGUUGAGUCUCUCAUUAUGGCCUUGGAACAAUUGCAUUCGCUGUCUGCACUUGACUCGGAAGGACUUUUGACGAGAUUGGGAAGACGGAUGGCCGAAUUCCCUCUUGAGCCAAAUUUAUCAAAGAUCUUGAUUAUGUCAGUAGCACUGCAAUGCUCCGAUGAAAUUCUUACAAUUGUCUCAAUGUUGAGCGUUCAAAAUGUCUUCUAUCGGCCCAAAGAUAAACAGGCUCUAGCGGACCAGAAAAAAGCUAAAUUUAACCAAGCCGAGGGAGAUCACUUAACCCUGUUAGCGGUGUACAAUAGUUGGAAAAAUAAUAAAUUCUCAAAUGCAUGGUGUUAUGAGAAUUUUGUCCAAAUAAGGACUUUGAAGCGAGCCCAAGAUGUAAGGAAACAGCUCUUGGGAAUUAUGGACAGACACAAGUUAGAUGUGGUAUCGGCUGGAAAGAACACAGUGCGUGUGCAGAAGACAAUCUGUUCUGGCUUCUUCCGGAAUGCCGCUAAAAAGGACCCGCAGGAAGGCUACAGGACCCUGGUGGAUAGUCAGGUGGUCUACAUUCAUCCGUCUAGUGCCCUAUUUAAUAGGCAGCCUGAGUGGGUUAUCUACCAUGAAUUAGUGCAGACAACCAAGGAGUACAUGCGGGAAGUGACCACUAUUGACCCCAAAUGGCUGGUGGAGUUUGCUCCAGCAUUCUUUAAAUUCUCAGACCCUACGAAGCUGUCUAAAUUUAAGAAAAACCAGAGAUUGGAGCCGUUGUACAAUAAGUACGAAGAACCGAACGCUUGGAGAAUAUCUAGGGUGCGGAGGCGAAGAAAUUAA